CACAGCAUUCACUCUUUUUAAAGUAAAAGGCUUUUCUGCUAGAAAGGUAGAAAAGAUGCGGCUGUGUGCAGUUACUUUUCUAGCAUUUGUACUGGUCUGUUGCACUGGUUACAAAAUAGAUGAGGCUUCAAAUUACAUGGAUGAAGUGCUUACCAUUUACAUUCCAUGGGCUGUCGAAGAGGAUGAUCUUGAAGUCUUCAAAAUGCCACUUCUAUAUCUCAAUGAACACUGGAGAUUACCUGAUGGAGCUGUGGUUAAUAACCACACAAUGUUUGGAGCCGGAAACUUAACAGGCUUGGAAACUAUAUAUAAAAAAUCAUGCGAAGAACCUUCAACUUUGAAAUCAGGCAACAUCACUGUCGCGUGCAACAUUGUUUUACCUAAAAUACACGUAGAAUGUCACGGACGAUUUCAAUCUACUAAAGGAUAUAAUAACCCGUUUACUGUGCAUGUUCAUCAGUUCGAUUUUGGUAUUAAAAUGACAGCGUUCAACUUAGAAGCCCGACUGGAAGUGACUUCCAAUCCUCGUCUGAAGUUACCAUCCGUAAGAGAUGUGACUAUCACUUCUAAGGGCUUUAUUUCAAUUAAUGUCACAACGGACGCUCAUCAUGAACAGUUCAUAACUAAGCAAUUUUUACAUACUUAUGAUCAAUUCUUCCAUGAAUUUUUCGUGCAUGGGCGUUAUAGGAAGAAAGUUUUGGAAAGAGCUGUUUCAAGUGUUCUUUACCCUGAGGGGCAAUGACAUUAGUUAUUUUCUGUUGAACAAAAUUUAAUAAUACCAUUUUUAAGCAACUUACAUGUGCAGCUUUUUAAUUUUUUUAUAUAGCACUACUUCAUGGCACCUGACUGUUAAAUUAAGAAAUGUAUCCAAAUUUAUCAAGUAUAAAAAGCUGAAUUACUAUUUUCGCAUCUGUUAUAAAAAUAAAUGUGAAAUUAUUUUUAAAGUG